GAAACAAAUCUGUGUUCGUGAAGAAUGACUGCAUACAAACCACAAUAUGUCAAGAAAGAAAAAAGAUCCAAUAGAACUGUUUCAAUCUGGGCAGCUGGUAAAAGUCUCCGCCCCAAUGGUUCGAUAUUCAAAGUUAGCUUUUAGAACACUAGUAAGAAAGUACAAUUGUGAUCUGUGCUACACACCAAUGAUAGUGGCUGCUGAUUUUGUCAGAUCUGAAAAAGCCAGAGACAGUGAAUUUACCACAAACCAAGGUGAUUGCCCAUUGAUUGUUCAGUUUGCUGCUAAUGAUGCAAGACUUUUAUCUGAUGCUGCUCGUAUAGUCUGUCCUUAUGCGAAUGGAAUAGACAUUAACUGUGGUUGCCCUCAGAGGUGGGCAAUGGCUGAUGGUUAUGGAGCUUGCUUAAUAAACAAACCAGAGCUUGUUCAAGAUAUGGUGAAACAAGUAAGAAAUCAAGUGGAAAAUCCCAGAUUUUCAGUAUCUAUUAAAAUAAGGAUCCAUGAUGACCUUGCAAGAACUGUGGAUCUUUGUCGAAAGGCUGAAGCAACAGGAGUUUCCUGGAUUACAGUCCAUGGAAGAACCGUUGAAGAAAGACAUCAGCCAGUUCACUAUGAAGCCAUUAAAAUAAUUAAGGAAAAUAUGUCUAUACCUAUUAUUGCUAAUGGAGACAUCAGAAGCUUAAAAGAAGCAGAAAAUGUGUGCCAUAUUACUGGUACAGAUGGUGUGAUGGUUGCAAGAGGACUCUUAGCAAACCCAGCCAUGUUUGCUGGAUAUGAGGAAACCCCCCUAAAAUGUAUCUGGGAUUGGGUUGACCUUGCUCUUGAACUUGGAACUCCUUAUAUGUGUUUCCAUCAACAUUUAAUGUACAUGAUGGAAAAGAUAACUUCAAGGCAAGAAAAAAGAGUAUUUAAUGCUUUGUCAAGCACAUCAGCAGUCUUAGAUUACCUUACAGACCAUUAUGGGAUUUGAUUGGACUUCCUAAAUUGUUUUAAUAUGUACUUUAAAGGAAUUGUGUUUUUAACAUUUUUAAAUAAACUUUUUAUUUUAAUACUAAAAGUAUGACUCAUAUAGUAUCUGUAAGUUAACAUGAAGUAUGUUUUUAAUGAGAAAAAGUGCAGAGAAAUGACAAAACAAAUGCCAACCUCUGUAAAAUGAAAAGGAACAAGACAUUCUGUAUAGAAUUGCAUUCAGGGCUUAGAUUAAAAGUUCAAAU